AUGGUCAUGUCUCCAAUCACUACCACGGUCGCCAUGACUGUGGAGCAGCCAGAACAUCAGAACCAAAAGAACAGCUUUUUCAUGCCAUGGAUGCAUACUUCUGAAAAGAAAUCUAAACCUCCAUCUCGUUCCUCUCAAAAAGCAAUGGUUCUCAAGCUUAUUUUGUUUUUGGGAACAGUGAGCCCAAAUUAUAAGGACACUUCAAUUGCUACAAUGAGUUGGUUUCAAUUUUUGCCAUUCGACACAGUUCAACAGUUGACAGAAUACGAUAUUCAGACUCAUAUUUUGGCUGACAAUCUGUACAAGUUUUGGAUGCAUUUAAAUCCUGAAGAUCCAUCUGACACAACUGUAGAAGUUCAUUCCACAACUAUUACUGAAGAUAAACCAACAACAGAACAACAAAAAACCAACACAGUUCUACCAGUGGCUAAAAACGUUUUUGCUCUUGCAGAAAAGCUUUCAUCAAACCUUGGUCACAAUGAAGUUUUUGAUUCAUGGUUGAAAUUUAUAUCAAUAGAUACUUCAUUAGGGAAAAAAAUUGAUGAAAACAGAGAAGUAGUGACAAGUGUUUUGGAUUCUUUUCAAAAUGUAUACUCGCAAUUAGAAAUAACUGUAAAACUUUUUUCCGAGCUAUUUGUCCUAAAUGAUAGAUAUACGAUUGAAAAUUAUGACCAUAAUCCUCCGAAAAGGCAAGAAAAGGUAUCAAGAGGCAAGGGACCAGUGGUUCGAUUAGUGACUCGUGUCGAUUUCUUUUCAAACUUUCCAAAUGUUAAUAUCGAUGUAUUGAAAAGCCAUAUAGAAGGAAUUAGACAUGAAUUGGAUAUAAAACAAAGGAAUAAGGUCAUGUGGGUUAGUUUAUUACCUCCUGUCAUUCAAGGAUUUAUUGCACUUGUGAGCAUGAUCAUUGGUUUUGUGUUGGGAGCUUUCGCUAAAAAGUGA